CGAAAGGAAACGUGCAGGCGGAAGUUGUGAUGUUUGGUUGUGCCCUGUGGAGGGAAGCUGUGCUGAUGUGAUUGUGAGUGAGAGAUGUCUUCACUUCUCCCUGCAGUGGCUGAACAACUGUUCCGGGACAUCCAGAGGACAUACCGGGACACGUCUCACAUUCCAGAUGACCUGCUUAUCGCGCUGAAGUUUGUCUUUGGUCCCUGCGCGCUACAGGCUUUGGACCUGGUCGACCAACGUUCAGUCACCUGUCUGUCUUCUCCCAGUGGACGUAAGGCCUUCCAGGUAAUCGGAGCCUCGGGGCGUUUGUACACAUGCUUUGUGUCCUGUCACUACUGCCCGUGUCCGGCCUUCGCCUACACUGUGCUCCGCAGAAACGAAGGUCUCCUGUGCAAACACAUCCUGGCUGCCUACCUCUGUCAGGCCAUGGGUGUGACUCAGCAGGAGAGUGUGUCUGAUCAGCAGAUGUCGAUGCUGCUCAGCGGGACUGCAGCCCCCUGACACGCAGGUACGUUGACCACCAAGCUCAGCAGCAGGAGCAGCACGUCUGGCUCCAAAGGGACAGCAUGGAGCCUCCUGAAUGAGGGCCCACGUUUCACACUCACAUUUUGUGCCACUGCAGAGAAGCGCUCUCAAAGUAUGGCCACUCUGCUGCUCUCCUGCUCUUACAGAAGUCUCUGUGAGAGGUACCAGAUGUUGCUUUAUUUAUUUUAUUUAGUUGAAAGAAAUCUCAAUCUGUGGCAAGGGAAACAUAUGUUCAUUGAGUGCGUGCUUCUUGAUGUUGUGAAGUUAUUUCUUGUCCCAUUAUUUAAGGAAGUAUUAUUCAUGUGCAUGCUGAAGUGACCUCAGACCCAUUUUUUAAAACCUUAAUAUAUUUUAUAUGGAAGUGUAAACACAAUCUGUUAUUUCUACCAACCAAACAUCAAACUCUCAGUCCGAUUUCUAUUCUUUUCUACUCCACUCUUUCAUCAGUAUUUCUAUGUGACCUUUCCCAUUUUAGUUUAUUGUUUGUCACAUUAUUCAAAGAAGUAUUGUGCACCUGCAUGCCGAAGUCACCUCAGACAUAUGUUUGUCCUUUGCUCUAUUUUGUGAACAGAAUUUUGGAAAUGUUUUUUUCAUCGAAUAAAGAAUGAUCUGUAACAAUAUAAACAUGAACUUUAUUAACAAAUCAAUUCACCAUACAUACAGAUUGCAUCAUGUUAAAUAGCAGUAUCAGUUCGCAGCUGUUGUUUUGUUGCCUCUGGAAAGGGUUGCACGUCAGCUCGAGCACAGUGGAUGCUUUUUCCUGAUUAGUAACUUCACUAUAGCACACCGACAGAUAGCUACUUCGGAAUGAAAGGCAGGAAUGUUGAACCAGAUCAACUUGUUAUUGUCCGUCUUUCCUUUUUUUUAAUCACAAAAAGAACAAGGCUGACGUUUGACAUCAAUGAAGAGCUCGUAGAAAGACAGACACCUACAGAACAUUUUUUACACACAUCAGUUGACAUUGACAAUAUAAUACAACGUUACAGUGCAGUUACAGUAUAGUUGUCUCCAUUGGAAUGUACUACAAUGUCUGCACACUCCUGUAUUUUAGCCCUUGAAGUCAGAUCAGAGGUCGUUCACUGGACACAUGGGGGGGUGUAAUGAAGCAGUGGAGGCAAGUUCUCAACUUAAGAAUACUGGUUCAACACCAAUAUGACCAAUGAAGCACACCAUGUGGGAAAUACUCAAAAAUGUCAGUGCAAUGUGUUUCCAUGUGUGUAGUGAUGGCUCUCAGGUGAUCGAAAACACAUAAAUUACAAACACCAUAAAAACCAGACUCUGAUUAAUCUCAAUCAGAUCAGAAGU